CUUUUCAAUGACUUUAUGUCAAAUGAACACUUGGUAAGUGUUGACACAUGACACAUGCUAGAAAAUGGGUUCCUCAUGUGCAAAGUGGCAUUCAAAGUAUUUCAUUGCAUGUGGACAAUUUAGCAUAGAUAAGAAUUAUGCGGUAGGUGGGGGAAGAGUUGAUCUAAAAACUCAUGUCAUAGUUGCAUAUACAGUAACCACUUUUGAAGUUUUCAUCUUCAAUCUCUUAUGAAGCAUGGCCUACUACUACUCUUCCUGUUCUGGAUCUGAUUAUGGUGAGAACAAUUUCAACUCUUAUACUUUCAAUUAUGAUUAUGCUCAAGUUCCAUCUUUUAUGACUUACAAUAGCUAUGACUACAAUCAACCAAAUUAUGCCUAUGAUUCAAGUUUAUAUUUUGCUCCCAGUAAUAAUUACCCUGAUCAUAGUUAUAACCAAACCAUAGCAUAUUCUGCCACAACUUUUAGUGAUCCAAAAUAUCUUGUGUAUGAUCCUAAUUAUGGUAUGACUCAGCUUGUGCUAUCUUAUUCUACCUUGGAAUUCAAUGAACCUGCAUUUGAUGAAUAUGAUCCAACACCUUAUGGUGGUGGAUAUGACAUUGAUUCAACCUAUGGUAAGCCUCUUGCACCUUCAGAUAAAAUUUGCUAUCCUCGUUCUGGUUCAAUUCCAACUCCAAUUCCAAUUCCAAUUCCAAUUCCAAUUCCAAUACCUCUUCCUGUGGAAGAGGCAAAACUUGAUGAGAAAGUAAUCAAACCGCCUCAAAAUGAAACCAAAGACCAAAAUGCUGUAGAAAAGCCACAGUUACAAGAUAGUACUAUAAAAGAAACUAGUGAGGCUUAUGAAGGUGAAGAAUCUGAAGAUAGUGAAGAAAAAGAUGAUGGUUACAAUUCAGGGUGGUCUAUUGAUGGAAGUGGGUUUGGUGAGAUUGAGAUUGUGAAGGAAGUGACUCCACCUCAAUAUCCUAGUGGAUAUGGAUUGGAAACUUUGGAUAUUUGUGAAAGCUUGUUUGGGACUUGGCCUUGUUUGUCAAAAAUGAAGAGAGAAAAUUAUUGUAAUGUAGGCAUUCAUAGAGGAAAUAAUUGUGAGGAGAAUAUGUGGAAAGAGACUGCAGAUUAUUUGUUUGGAAAUCCAUAUCCAUAUGGUGGGAGAAGGGAUGAUGAUUUCAAUGAUGAACAAUGGUGAUGGAAGAAUUUGAAGUUGUAAAGUUUGUCUCUGUUGUAAUAAUUAAUAAAUGUAACAAUUUGAUGAAAAUGUGAAAAGAAGAAAUUUUCAUGUUUACUUGCUGUUUAAGAGCCAAUAAUUUGAUGAAUAAGUUUCUGCCCAUUCAACAUUGAAUA